AUGGCGACGCAGCAGAUCGCCCUCCUUCUCUUACUCCUCGCCGCCGCCCAUGGCCUCUCCGUGGCCGUCAGCCCUACACCCAUCAUCAACACCACAUGCGCUGCGCUCGCCCACAGCCCCAAUGUCACAGUGCACGUCGACUACGAAUUCUGCGUCCGCGCGCUUUCAGUCGACCCGGCGUCCUCGUCUGCCACGGACGCCCGCGGGCUAGCGGCGGCCGCGGCAAGCCUUACCGUCGCCAACCUAACGUCCACGGAGCACAUCAUCGCGGACCUCGUCCAUAAUCUGGGCCGUUGUCUUACCGACUACAGAGAGAUUAACGGCAUGGUGCGGCACGCGCUCGACGACAUCCGAGGCGGGCGCGGCGCCGACGCUUCCGAGAAGCUUUUGCAAGUGGCAAAGGCAAACGCUCCUGCUUGGUGCGACCUCAUCUUGAUAGAGGGAGACGCCAAGAGGAACCCCAUAGAUCAGGAGAACCAUAACGCUGACUUCUUGUCCGUCAUUGCCUCCGGAAUUGCCGAGCUGAUGCUGCAUUCUCAUGGAUGA